AGGCCGGCCCGGCCCGGCCCGGCCCCGAGGGACCGGCCCGGGCGGCGACGACGGCGGCCAUGCACCUGCACCAGGUCCUCACGGGGGCCGUGAACCCCGGGGACAACUGCUACUCCGUGGGCGGGAUCGGGGACGUCCCCUUCACGGCAUAUGGAUCUGGCUGUGACAUUGUCAUUUUGGCAAAUGACUUUGAGUGCGUGCAGAUCAUUCCUGGUGCUAAACAUGGGAACAUCCAAGUCAGCUGCGUGGAGUGCUCACGCCAACAAGGGCGGAUUGCCGCAUCCUAUGGAAAUGCCGUUUGCAUUUUUGAACCCCUGGGGAUCAAUUCUCAUAAGCGAAACUGUCAACUCAAGUGCCAAUGGCUCAAAACAGGACAGUUCUUCCUCAGUUCUAUGACUUACAAUUUAGCGUGGGAUCCUCAAGGGAACAGGCUGUUGACAGCAACCGACUACUUGCAGUUGUGGGCCCCUCCGAGCAAUGAUGCUUUGGAGGAAGAGCAGGAGGCCGACGACGAUCAGAGUGAGGGUGCUAAGGCACCCCCUCUCCUCAAUGACUGGAAAUGCAUCUGGCAGUGCAAGACUGCCGUGUCCGUGCUCUUGAUGGAGUGGUCACCUGACGGAGAGUACUUCGCCACAGCCGGCAAGGACGACUGUCUCCUAAAGGUGUGGUACCCUAUGGCCGGCUGGAAGUCUUCCAUCGUUGCUCAAGACAGCCAAGAGCCCAAGAGGGGCCAGGCACCCCCCCGCUUCUCCUUUGUCUACCUGGCACAUCCCAGGGCUGUCACGGGCUUCUCGUGGCGCAACACCAGCACGUUCAUGCCCAGGGGGUCUGUGUGCAAUGUGUUACUUACUUCAUGCCAGGAUGGCAUCUGCCGCCUUUGGGCAGAGACCCUGUUACCCGAAGACUGCCUUCUGGGCGAGCAGAUCUGUGAGACCACCACGUCAAGCAUCGGUAGCAAGUUCUCCCACCCGGGAAGGCAGAAAGACCGAAUUCAGCAGGCCCUAGAGACCAUUCACCAUCUGAAAAAUCUCCGGAAGGGGCAGAGGAGGUCUUCGGUUCUCGUCACCCACAGCAACGCAAUGCCCGACCAGGCAGGGAUGCAUGAAGUUCAGCGCCACAUUUCCCAUCACGCCAAUGCACUUUGCCACUUCCACAUAGCGGCGAGCAUCAACCCUGCCACAGACAUCCCCUCCGUCCUGGCUGGCCCGGCUUUUCACUCUGAUGAAGGGAAUGGGGGGUUUGUGGUUCACUGGCUGAACAAUAAAGAGUUUCAUUUCACGACCUCGAUUGAAAUCUUCAUGCAACACUUGCGGCAGCUGGCCGGGCAGCAGCUGGAGCCCGAAGCCGCCACCGAAGGAGGGGAGGAGGAGGAGGAGGAGGAGGAGGAAGGGGAGGAGGAUCAGCUGGAACCGCAGCAGCCGGAGGAGAGAGAGAGGGAGAGAGGCCUCCGCAUGAAGCUGGAUCACGAACUGUCCAUGGAUCGAGAAUCUGAGGCAGGCACGGGGUCCUCGGAGCACGAGGAUGGGGAGCGAGAGGGGAGCCCACGGGCGUCCCUCCGAGCACGGGCACCCCUGCCCACGGUGCUGUUGGACCGGAAGAUUGAAGCUCUUCUCAGCGAGUGGAACCGGAAUCCCGACAUGCUGUUCACCAUCCACCCUGUGGACGGGACCUUCCUCAUGUGGCACGUCAAAUAUCUGGAUGAGGACAACCCGGGUAUCUUCAGACAAGUGCAGGUAUCCUUUUCCACCCGGAUUCCCGUCGCUUUUCCCUCCGGUGAUGCCAGUUCCCUGAGUAAGAACAUCCUGAUGUACGCCUGUGCCCAUGGUGCCACCCCAGGGCCCCGGGGAGGAGCGGCCAGCAGUCCCGGUAGCCCACCGGACCCCCGGAGGGCCGGGGUGCGUGGGCCCACCGUGUCGCCUGUGGUGAUGAUGGUCUCCAAACAUGUGGACGGCUCGCUGAACCAGUGGGCGGUGACGUUUGCCGACAAGACGGCCUUCAGCACCGUGCUGACUGUGUCACACAAAUUCCGGUACUGUGGCCACCGUUUUCACCUCAACGAUCUGGCAUGCCACUCGGUGCUGCCGCUGCUGCUCACAUCGUCCCACCACAACGCUCUGGCCACCCCGGACCUGGACAGUCCCCACAGCUCCCGAGAUACGGACCGCCCCCGGGACACGGGCCCGCCAGGCCCAGCCAGGCCCGGCCCAGGCCCCGCCCGACAGCCUCUGCGCAACGCAGCCACGCGGACGUUCCAUGACCCCAAUGCCAUCUACAGUGAGCUGAUCCUGUGGCGGGUGGACCCCAUCGGGCCCCUGUCCUACACCGGAGGAGUCUCCGAGCUGGCUCGUAUCAACUCCCUGCACACCUCCGCCUUCUCCAGCGUGGCCUGGCUGCCGACCCUCGUGCCCAGCUACUGCCUCGGCACCUACUGCAACUCAGCCAGCGCCUGCUUCGUGGCAUCUGAUGGCCAGAGCCUGCGGCUGUACCAGGCGGUGGUGGACGCCAGGCGGCUGCUUGACGAGCUGUCAGACCCUGAGUCCUCGAAACUGAUCGGGGAAGUGUUUAACAUCGUGAGCCAACAGUCUACCGCUCGGCCGGGGUGUGUCAUCGCGCUCGACGCCAUCGCUGAUCAAUGUGGCGCAAACACCCAGCUGCUUCACGUCUUUCAAGAAGACUUCAUUCGAGGAUACAGGCCCCACAAGGAAGAGGAAGUGGGAGCCAAGGAAGCAGAGAUAUUUUUCCAGCCGUCACAAGGAUAUCGUCCCCCCCCGUUUUCGGAGAAGUUCUUUCUGGUGGUCAUAGAGAAGGACAGCAAUGGCUAUUCGGUUCUCCAUAUGUGGCACCUCCAUCUCAAGUCAGUGCAGGCCUGUGUGGCCAGAGCCUCUGAAGCACCUUCCUCCGAGAGCCGACUGACUGUGCCCGGCCAGAAGAACACUGACUCUUCUCCCGAGACCUCUCCAGGCCCGAGCCCCAUGCCACGGUCCUCGUCUAUUGCCAACCUGCAGACUGCCAGCAGACUGAUUCUGAGCUCCAGACUGGUGUACCGCCAGCCCCUGGACCUCCCAGAGGGUGUUCAGGUCAUCAGGGCAACUCCUUCUGCAGGCCACCUGAGCUCCUCGUCCAUUUACCCCGUGUGCUUGGCCCCCUACCUGCUGGUCACCUCCUGCUCCGAUGACAAAGUCCGCUUCUGGAAGUGCACCGUGGAUGAGACGGCGGUGGCGGCCCCAAGGGGAGCGUCCGGGAGCCGAGCCUACCGCUGGCAGAGGUGGCCGCUGAGGAACGAAGAGGGCGAGGCCAACAGCAGCACCGUGAGCGUGCCAGGGCGGCCCGUGGCCGUCAGCUGCUCCUACACCGGCCGCCUGGCUGUGGCCUACAAGCGGCCGGGCGGGGGUGGGAGCGGGUCUGGGAGCGGGUCCGGCGAGGAGGAGCUCUCUCUGCAUGUGGGCAUCUUCGAGUGUGAGUCCACGGGGGGCUCAGAGUGGGUGCUGGAGCAGACCGUGCCCCUGGAUGACCUGGUCCCAGGGGGCAGCGUGCUGGACGCCAGGGUCAGUGUGGACAGCAACCUGUUUGUGUACAGCAAGUCGGAGGCCUGGCUGAGCCAGGACCGAGCCCUGCUGCCCGGCAUCAAGCACCUGGUGCACCUGGACUGGGUCUCGAAGGAAGAUGGCUCGCACAUCCUCACGGUGGGGCUGGGGGCCAGCGUCUUCAUGUAUGGGCGCCUGGCGGGCAUUGCCGGCUGCGAGCCCGGCGGUGGGAAGGAUGGGGGAGCCGUCAUCACUCUGCCCUUGGGCGGCAGCAUCAAACAGGGCAUCCGAUCCCGGUGGGUCCUGCUGCGGGCGGUGGGCCUGGUGUCAUCAGUGGACGGUACCCCAUCGCUGCCCGUGUCUCUGUCCUGGGUGCGCGACGGCAUCCUGGUGGUGGGCAUGGACUGCGAGAUGCACGUCUACGCCCAGUGGAAGCACGCGGUCAAGUUCGGUGCCAGCGAGCCGGAGAGCCUUGGGGGCGAGGAAGCGAUAGCCCUCCGCCCACGGGGUGGACCGACCGACGCAGCGGUGGACGACGCAGUGGGUGCACCCCCAGCAGGCCGGGAUGGGGGCCUGUUUGAGGCAGCCCACGGGCUGUCCCCAACGCUCCCCCAGUACCACCCAACACAGCUCCUGGAGCUGAUGGACCUGGGACGGGUGCGCAGGGCCAAGGCCAUCCUCUCCCACCUGGUCAAAUGCGUUGCUGGGGAGGUGGCUGUCGUCAGAGAUGCCGAGGCCGGCGAGGGUGCCAGGCGGCACCUGUCCCGGACCAUCAGCGUCAGCGGCAGCACCGCCAAGGACCCAGUGGUGGUCGGGAAGGAUGGAACACGGGACUACACGGAGAUCGACUCCAUCCCGCCACUGCCUCUGCAUGCUCUCCUGGCCGCGGACCGGGACUCGGCCUACAAGGCAUCUGAGGAGGGACCCCGGCGGCCCCGGGACGGCGAGCGGCCCGGCGAGGCCCGGGAGCCGGACCAGUAUUCGGACCUGUUCCAGAUGCCGCCCGUGGCCACGGACGACUUCUCCGCCUUGGAGCCAGAGAAGAGGGAGGGUCAGUCCCGUGUGAUCAAUCUGGCUCAGUACGGGCCAGCGCACUUCGGCCGGGAGCAUGCCCAGCUGCUGUCCAGCCACCUUGUGCACUCCAGCCUCCCUGGCCUCACCCGCCUCGAGCAGAUGUUCCUCGUGGCCCUGGCCGACACCGUGGCCACCACCAGCACUGAGCUCGACGAGAACCCAGAUAAGAGUGGCCCAGGAAGAGACACCCUCGAUGAGUGUGGCUUGAGAUACUUGCUGGCCAUGCGGCUGCACACGUGCCUUCUGACCUCGCUGCCUCCCCUGUACCGGGCCCAGCUCCUCCACCAAGGUGUGUCCACGUGCCACUUCGCCUGGGCCUUCCACUCUGAGGCUGAGGAGGAACUGAUCAACAUGAUUCCGGCCAUCCAGCGAGGGGACCCACAGUGGUCUGAGCUGAGAGCUGUGGGCCUGGGCUGGUGGGUCAGGAACACCAGUACCCUGCGUAGGUGCAUGGAAAAGGUGGCAAAAGCAUCCUUCCAGAGGAACAAUGAUGCCUUGGACGCAGCCCUCUUCUACCUCGCCAUGAAAAAGAAAGCGGUGGUGUGGGGUUUGUUUCGGGCGCAGCACGACGAGAAGAUGACCACCUUCUUCAGCCAUAACUUCAGUGAGGACAGGUGGCGGAAGGCAGCCCUGAAAAAUGCCUUCUCCUUACUGGGGAAGCAGCGCUUUGAGCAGUCAGCUGCAUUUUUCUUGCUCGCCGGCUCCCUGAAGGACGCUGUGGAGGUGUGCCUUGAGAAGAUGGAAGACAUUCAGCUGGCCAUGGUGAUCGCCCGUUUGUACGAAUCCGAGUUUGAGACCUCUUCCACCUAUCAGUCCAUCCUCCAUGAGAGAGUCCUAGGGUGCCAGAAGGAUGGGACUGGGUUCAACUGCCGCCGCCUGCACCCAGACCCCUUCCUGCGCAGUCUGGCCUACUGGGUCAUGAAGGACUACCCGAGGGCACUGGACACCCUGCUGGAGCAGACGCCCAAGGAGGAAGAUGAUCCCGCAGCUGUCGUCAAGGCAUGCGACCCUGUGGUGUUCAGCUUUUACAACUACCUGCGCACCCACCCGCUGCUCCUGCGACGGCCCUUUGGCGCCCCAGCUGGGGCCCUGGCUGCUUUUGGCCUGAAGACAGAGAAGACCUUCGUGGACCAGAUCAACCUCAUCGAGCGCAAGCUGUUCUUCACCACGGCCAAUGCCCACUUCAAAGUGGGCUGCCCUGUCCUAGCUCUGGAAGUCCUCUCCAAGAUCCCCAAAGUGACCAAGAAGGUGGACCUUUCUCCCCAGCCAGAGCCACCCAAACCAGACAGAGGCAUCUUGGGACCCAAGCAUCCAAGCGAAGAGCUCUUUGACUGGGGCCAGUCCUCUGUGAAGCUGGACGAUGAGCCCCUGCAACUAGACUGGGAUGAGGAGGAGGAGGAGGAGAAGAACAGUGCUGGCCUGGUGAUGAAGGGUGUGGCAGAGGCGAAAGAUAGAGGCAAUGAGCCUGUGUCUGACCCGGACUCAAUCCCGACCUCCCGGGACAUAGAUGCCGUUCCGGUGGGUGAUGCCGAGGAGGUGGAUGUGAUUGCCGAACAGCUGAAGUUCCGGGCGUGCCUGAAGAUCCUCAUGACUGAGCUGAGGACUCUGGCCACGGGCUACGAGGUGGAUGGGGGCAAGCUCCGCUUUCAGCUGUACAACUGGCUGGAGAAGGAGAUAGCUGCACUGCACACCAUCUGCAACCACGAGGCAGGUGGCCGGAGUGGCCCGGGCCCAGCCGGUGGCCCAGCCCCAGGGGACCUCCUGGCCCACGAGGAGCCUCCUGACCAACCUGACGUGGUCUCCUACGAGCGGCACCAGGUGGAAAGGCGCCGGCUGCAGGCUAAGCGGGAGCACGCUGACCGGCGCAAGCACUGGCUGCAGGAAAACCAGGCCCUCCUCAGGGUGUUCCUCAGCUACUGCAGCCUGCACGGGGCCCAGGGCGGUGGCCUCGCCUCGGUCCGAAUGGAGCUGAAGUUCCUCCUGCAGGAGUCCCAGCAGGAGACAACCGUCAAGCAACUACAGUCCCCGCUGCCCCUGCCCACCACCCUGCCCCUGCUCUCGGCAAGUAUCGCCGCCACCAAGACCGUCAUAGCCAACCCCGUCCUCUACCUGAACAAUCACAUCCACGACAUCCUGUACACUAUCGUGCAGAUGAAGGCCCCGCCGCACCCCAGUGCCGAGGAUGUCAAGGUGCCCACGCUGCACUCCCUCGCCGCAUCCCUCUCGGCAUCGAUCUACCAGGCUCUGUGCGACAGCCACAGCUACAGCAGCCAAGCCGAGGCCAGUCAGCUCACCGGCAUGGCCUACCAGGGCCUUCUCCUGCGGGAUCGGCGUCGGCUGAGGACAGAGAGCAUCGAAGAGCACAUCACUCCCAACUCCUCUCCCGCCCAGUGGCCCGGGGUCAGUUCCCUGAUCAACCUCCUGAGCUCAGCCCAAGAUGAGGACCAGCCCAGGCUGAAUGUCCUGCUGUGCGAAGCUGUGGUGGCCGUCUACCUGAGCUUGCUGAUCCACGCUCUGGCCACCAACUCUGCGAACGAGCUGUUCAGGCUCGCGGCCCACCCGCUCAACAGUCGUAUGUGGGCAGCCGUGUUUGGAGGCGGGGUGAAGCUGGUGGUGAAGCCUAGGCGUCAGUCUGAAAGCAUCCCAGCGCCGCCGGUGGCCGCUGAAGAGAUGGAUAAGCACCGUCGGAGGUUUAACAUGCGCAUGCUGGUACCCGGGCGGCCUGUAAAAGACACAGCCCCACCACCCGUGCCUGUGGACCGGCCAUCCUACCGUGAAAAGUUCAUCCCCCCAGAGCUCAGCAUGUGGGACUACUUCGUGGCCAAGCCGUUUCUCCCCUUGUCCGACAGCAGCUUCGUUUAUGACUCGGAUGAAAGCGUCCCCAGUGAUGAAGGGGAGGACGAGGACGAGGAGGAGGAGGCCUUCCUUUCGGAACCCCGCAUCCAGGAGCACAAAGACCCUAAUUCGUACAGCUGGGCACUGCUCCACCUGGCGAUGGUCAAACUGGCCCUGCACAACGUCCAGAACUUCUUCCCCGUCGCUGGCCUGGAGCUUUCUGAUCUGCCCGUCACAUCCCCCCUGGGCAUUGCAGUCAUCAAGAACCUGGAGGGCUGGGAGCAGGUGCUACAGGACAGAGUGGACCAGUUUGGGGGCCCGCCCCCAAACUACAUCAGCCCCUACCCCAGCGAUCUCUCUGCCGGGGCGGGGCCGGCCGCUCUCCGCAACAAAGCGAUGCUGGAGCCGGACAACACUCCCUUCAAGUCCAGGCACAGCUCAGCACUCCCAGCCAAGCGGCUGUGGCACUUCCUGGUCAAGCAAGAACUCCUCCAGGACACCUUCCUCCGAUACAUAUUCACCAAGAAGAGAAAUCAGAGCGAGUCUGUAGAAGAGCGGCUGGAGCCGGUCAAACCCAACUGCGUAGCUGAGGACCUCCCAAGCAAGGUGGAGGCUGAUCUCGGCUACCCAGGGGGGAAGGCGAAAAUCAUCCACAAAGAGUCUGACGUCAUCAUGGCAUUUGCUGUCAACAAGGCCAACAACAACGAAAUCGUCUUGGCUUCAACCCAUGACGUCCAAGAGCUGGAUGUGACUGCCCUGCUGGCGACCCAGUCCUACACGUGGAUCGGUGAAGAGUGCGACCGAGAAUCCAGAAGUUCAGACGACCUGGAUCCCCGGGGCUCUACUACUGCGCUGGCCCAGGUGGGCGCCGCCUCCUUUGUGGUCAGUCCAGCGCACUCAACGUCGUCCAUGCCAUGGCUGGGCAGCGGCCAGACCAGCACCGGAGCAGGGGUGCUCAUGAAGAGAAAUCUCCACAAUGUCAAGAGGAUGACGUCCCACCCCAUGCACCAGUACUACCUGACAGGGGCGCAGGAUGGCAGCGUGCGCAUGUUUGAGUGGAGCCGGCCCCAGCAGCUGGUGUGCUUCCGCCAAGCUGGCAACGCCCGGGUCACCAGGGUUUACUUCAACUCCCAGGGCAACAAGUGUGGCGUGGCCGACGGAGAGGGAUAUUUGAGUAUCUGGCAAGUGAAUCAAACGGUGUCAAAUCCCAAGCCCUACAUGAGCUGGCAGAGCCACAGUAAAACCACGAGCGACUUCGCCUUCAUCACGUCUUCGAGCCUGGUGGCCACCGCCGGGCAUUCCAGUGACAACAGGAACGUCUGCCUCUGGGACACCCUCAUAGCUCCCGGGAACAGCCUCAUCCAUGGCUUCUCAUGCCACGACCCGGGUGCCACGGUGCUGCAGUACGCUCCCAGGCAGCAGCUGCUGAUCUCAGGGGGCCGCGAGGGCUGGGUCUGCCUGUUUGACAUCCGCCAGCGACGCGCCCUGCACAGCUUCCAGGCCCACGACUCGGCCAUCAAGGCCCUGGCCCUGGCCCCCUGCCAGGAGUAUUUCACCACAGGCUCGGCUGAAGGGAACAUAAAGGUGUGGCGGUUGGUGGGCCAUGGCUUGAUCCAUUCAUUUAAAAGCGAACACGCCAAGCAGUCCAUCUUCCGAAACGUCGGGGCGGGAGUCACACAGAUCGACAUCGGGCCGGGCAGUCGGGUCUUCUCAUGUGGCGCCGACGGCACCCUCAAGAUGCGCGUCCUGCCCAGCGCGCUCAACCUCCCCAACGGCAUCUUCGAUCUUCUGUAACCGGUGGGCCUGACCCACCCUCCGCCCCCCCUCGCUCCCCAGGGCUCCCCAGGCAUCUAUUGGGUGACGAUUUAACACAGCUGUGCUGGUUGAGCUUCACCACCCCACCCCCUGGGGCCGGUCGGGUCGUGCAUGUCCUGUACCUUGCUAUGGAAGUCACGGGGCAAGCCCUGCCCUAAACCUGGUGGGCAGCAGGGUCCCACCAGAACCGUGUGCAGGCCGAGCCUGGAGUCUCAGUGGAAGCCUGUGCACCCAGCUGCCCUAAGGCCACAGCUUCCCCCUUCAGGGCGUCGGAAGGGUCACCCUCCGGGAGGGCGAGCAAGGUGCCCUGCCCCAAGGGAGAUCCCAUUAAUUCCACUCUGCGAAUCGCCCCUCCUCGAGUGCUCCCUCAGUGCCCCCUCCCCAAAAGGCCCGCCCCAUGUCCUUCAGACACAUGUUUUCUCGAGCACCUUGUGUGGUGGUAGGCCACAGGGAGCCUGCUUUGUUCUCUCGCUGCCCCCACCCUCCCCCCACGGCCCCCGAGGCUUCGGGUGCCGCCAAAGUCGGCGAUAUAGUUUAUGACGGGGCCCGGCAUAUUGUACAAACCGUGCAGAGUUAGCGUCGUUUGCUUGCACUCUCCCAACUGGUGUGGCCGGGCCCUGCCCCAUUGGUGAGACCAACCAAAAACGUGUUGCUGUGUUGGAACUCGUGUCUGUGAAUGUAAAAUGUCCAUCAGCA